UAGGCAUAGCCCCCCCCCCCGUUUUUCUCCUAAUGGUUCGGUCAGUAAUGGAUGCCCGUUCUCCGAGUUCCAGUUACCUGUAACAGAGAAGAUGAGUGAACUGAAGGACUGUCCACCACUGAAGUACUAUGACUUCAAACCAGUGGAGCAUGUGAAAGUGUGUCCACGCUACACGGCCGUGUUGGGCCGCUCGGAGGACGAUGGCAUCGGCAUUGAGGAACUGGACACGCUGCAGCUGGAGCUGGAAACGCUCCUGUCCUCUGCCAGCCGCCGUCUUAGAGCGCUGGAAGAACAGAGACAGAUUCUUACAGACUGGCAGGACAAAAAAGGCGACAAAAGGUUUGUGAAGCUGAGCAAAGAUGCAGACCUUUCAGCCUCCUCUCGCCAUUCCAAGCCUAAGAAGCAGAAGCUGGAUGGGAAGGCAGGGCAUGGGCCUGGUCCUGGUCCAGGCAGACCCAAAUCCAAGAACCUGCAGCCCAAAGGUCAGGAGUAUGAAUUCAAUGAAGACCCGCAGGACAUACCACGCAACCCCAAAAAUGACGCACCAAACAGAUUCUGGGCCUCAGUGGAACCCUACUGUGCAGACAUCACUAAUGAGGAGAUAAGAGUUCUUGAGGAGCUUCUUAAACCCCCUGAUGAUGAAGCAGAGUACUACAAGAUUCCUGCUCUAGGCAAGCAUUAUUCUCAGCGCUGGGCUCAGGAGGACCUCCUGGAGGAGCAGAGAGAGGGAGCCCGAGCCAGUGACAAAAAGAAAAGCAUCCUGGGUCCACUGUCUGAGAUAGAUGCCAAAGAUGUGGACGCCAUGCUAAAGAAGUCUGAAUCCCAGCACGAGCCCCCGGAGGAUGGCUGUCCAUUUGGCCCUCUCACACAACGCCUGCUUCAAGCUCUGGUGGAGGAGAAUAUCAUAUCCCCUAUGGAGGAUUCCCCCAUUCCAGACAUCCAGUCAAAGGAUGAUGGGGCUGGAACAUCACCUCGUAGCCAGGGAAAAGCAUUCAGUGUGCCUCAUACGCGUUCUCUGGAGGCCCGUAUUAAAGAGGAGUUGGUGGCUCAGGGCUUGCUGGACUCAGAGGAGCGGCAGGGUGCAGGGGGAGACUCGGAGGACGAGGUUCUGGCUGAGCUUCAGAAGAGACAGGCUGAGCUCAAAGCCCUGAGCGCCCAUAACCGCGCACGCAAGCAGGAGCUUCUCCGAUUAGCACGGGAGGAGAUGCGGAAGCAGGAGCUCCGUCAGCGCGUUCGAGUGGCCGACAACGAGGUCAUGGAGGCCUUCCGCCGCAUCAUGGCUGCCAGGCAAAAGAAACGCACUCCGACCAAGAAGGAAAAGGAUCAGGCUUGGAAGGCCCUCAAGGAGAGGGAGAGCAUCCUUAAACUGCUGGACGGAUAAUAAAAAAGAGAGAUCGUUCUACUGAGGACUGACUGUGUUAGUGUGCUGGUGUGGCCUGGGGACCAGAGCUUUUCAUACGCAGGUCAACCAGCUCACUAACAUAAAGACAACCCACAAUAUGGAACCGAGGCAAAUAUCAGGGCUGGUUCUAGACAGGUCAUGAUGGGCAAGUCUGAAAUAUUAUAUUACUCUGAUAUAGUAUUGUGUAGACGUUGUGUUGGCACCACAGCAGCUCCUAAGAAGUUAAAUAGAAACAUUUUUCUUCUGAUGAGAGAGCUGUUCAGGUAGGGCUGCACAAUAUGGAUAAAAUACACCGAUCAGGCAUAACAUCAUGACCACCUCCUCGUUUCUACUCUCAUUGUCCAUUUUAUCAGCUCCACUUACUGUAUAGCUGCACUCUG